GGAUGACAGUAUCCUAAAUCGAAGUUAUAUGACAUCUGAAGUAACAAAUCUUCUACGCAAAACAAAAGCUAAAGAGAAGAUGAACAAAAGGAUUUCUUCUCAUGAUGAAUUCACAAAGCCAGACUUUGAUAUCAAAAAAUACAAUACUCCUAAAAAGAUCAAAGCAUUGAGAAAAGAACUGGAAGAAAGGGAAGCUAUUUUAAGCUCUGAAAUUCUCCAGCAAUAUCCAGUAUAUAUUCAAACUUAUGACAAUAUCAAUGAAGUCUCCGAGAUCCUUAAGACGAUGAAAGGGCAGUUAUCUCAAUAUUCAAUGUCUAUUUCUUCACUCAAGUCCAAGAUUGAUGAUUUUUCUCAAAAAUCCAACAAUAAUGAAUGGCAAAAUUACAUAAAUCACUCACUAGAUAAUAACUGGGAAGUAGUAGAAACGCAGCCUAGUCAAGACUACAUUAUAUGCAAGAAUGCUAUCCCAGAGGGAAACUUUGAAGAUAUCAGUAGAAUGGGACAGCCAAAAGAUAGAGAUAUACAUAACUAUGUUACUCAUAAAAUAGAAGAUAUUCUCUUAAAAGCAGGGGAUAAAAAUGACAGCAACAGAUAUCAAGAAUGAGCUAAGAUAUUCACUGAUCUGACUCAGAAAGUAGAUAUCUCUCAAGAUGAACUUGUCAAAAAGAUUGACAACGCAUAUAAUCAGUAUGUUCAAGAGCUAUCUAGAUCAAUAAUGAUGUCUGGCCAAGCUGAGCAUGUUAAUGCACUUAUAAUGUGAGAUUGCUGCAAAACAGCUGCUAAAAGUUUACUAUUUUAUCAAAGCAACCAACUUGGCAUGAGCUUAGAGAAGGUGGAUAAAACUUUAAAGUCUUCAGAUCAAUUUGAAGCAGAGCUAAAUGCUUUUGUAGAUUUUCUGAUCAUAACUAAAAUUAAGUAUAUCGAAAUGUUCAGUGAGCUAAAUGAGGUUGUUCUCGAAAACAUUGUUGAUUCAAAAAAAAUUCAAUUCCUCCAAUGAUAUCUAAAGCCGUGGAUAGAAGAGCAACUGGAAACAUUCAAACCAUUCUUAUCAAAAUACAUCUCGAAACUAAGAUCUUCAAAGCACAAAACAGAGUACCAAGGAAUACUGAGAAAAGCAAUGAAUAAGCUAGACAAAGAAGGAAUCUCGAUAGCAUAUAAAAUUGACCAAUUUAUAAGUAGACAUGACUUGAUGACCAUAUUUUAG